AUGGCUACUCCCACCCCCGCCUCGAUCGAACCCUUCGUAACGCACGCCCUAACCUUCCACGCGCCCUUCGAACCGCCCAACCCCAUUCCGCGAGGCAAACUCCCCCACUGGAACGUGUACGCCGUCCCGCACGGCGCCGAAACCUACAGCAUCGAGGUGUGCUGGGUGCGGUGGACGGCGCCCGUCAAUUGGGCGGAGCUGGCGCUGCCGGCGCUGAACCGGGGGUUCGAGUACAUCCGCACGCUUUACCCGGACAUGAAGCCGAUGUGGGGGGCGAUCUCGAUGCGCACGGCGGUGCGGCUAUACCGCGAGCGGGUGCGGGAGGAGCCGCACAGGGAGCUCGGAGACGUGCAUCGCGCGGGGCUACGCGUGGUGGACCAGUUCUGGCUGCAGGGAAUGCGCGAGUGGCAUCCUGUCGAGGACCGGGCAAUCUUGCAACAUUGGGAGAGCCUGAUUCCGAAGAAUGGGGACGGGGCCGAGGAAGAGGAGGUUCGGCCGAGGAUGAAGAUGUGGGAGGAACGCAUCGGGUUGCAGCCUGGGCUGAAUGCUAAUAUUCGGUGGCGCUGGAUGCCUGAUUACUCAUCCUGGGAUCGUUAG